AUGAAGAUCCUGGUUGUCUGCGCUCUGGUUUGUACCAUCAUUGCUCUGACUGCAGCUGAUGGUGUUGACGGUGAGUAUGUCAAAUAUUGAUCAGCGUAGGGAAAUAUCAGAAAUGGCUUAGGUCAAUAACUUUGGUAUCAAACUGUCUAGACGCUGAAGAGAAGGAACCUGAAGCUGCAGAAGGAGGUCAGGAUGUCACUGGUAAAAACUCUCUUCAUUAAACUCUAUUUUUACGUUUUUCUUCGUGUUUUGAUGUAUUAAACCACGCUUGGUGCCGUAAACUCAACAUUACUUAUCAAUCUUUGUUCCUGUUUCUUAGAAGAGCCUGAGGUGGAGGUCGCUGAGAGGUUUUUUUGCCUCUGGGGCUGGACGAGAAUUGGUCACCGUUAUUUCCGCUACAUUUCUAAGCACCUGACUUGGGCUCAAGCUGAGGUAGGAGAUGAAGCAGAAUGCUUCUUACUUUAGUUACAACUGUUUACAAGCAACUGACUUUCAGUUCUGUCUCUCUGCUGCAGCUCUGACCCAAGUCCAGGCCCUAGACUUAUCAUUUCUUGUACGAGUCAACCUUCUCGGCAGUAGACCUCGUUCUGAUUGUCCUAUUGUUAUUUGGCUUUAAUGACAUUCUCUGUUUAUCUCCAGAAUAACUGUAAGUCUCUGGGAGGACACCUGGCAUCUGUUCACUCCGGCUGGGAGUAUCAGCAGAUCAAAGCUCUGGUUGCAAGAGGAGGUGGCGGGAACCAAAAUGCAUGGCUUGGAGGCUCUGAUUGUCACUCAGUAUGUAAUUUAUCACCAUGGAAAUUGUGUUUGAUGCAUCAACUCAAAUGUUUAUUUUUAAGUAGAACAGUUGGAUGUUUACCAAGAUCAGUUUCUAAAUGAAUGUGUUUUAAUAAAAGCUGCUCUUUUUUUUCCAGGAGGGACAUUGGUCCUGGACGGAUGGAACCUGCUUCAACUACAAACACUGGUGCCGUGGAGAGCCAAAUAAUAGUGGGGGUAGACAGCACUGUUUGCAAAUGAAUUUCAGCUGUAAGUACCAAAACAUAUUAUUCUUAGAGUAAUGGAUAACAUAGGAUGAAGAAGGUGUUUCAUUCAUUAUCAUUCAAUUUAAUGUUGUAUGUGAAACAAAGAUUCAACUGUCAGUUUGAAUCACUGUGUUUCUGUUGUUUCUGUUUUUUCAGGUCGCAAGUGCUGGGAUGAUCUUUGGUGCGACCGUCGUCUGCCCUCAGUCUGUGUCAAGAAAUGGUAA